AUGAUUCCCCUAUCUAGAAUUGAAAGUGAUACUUAUCGUAAUGUAACCUUCUCGAAACGCCGCAGUGGCCUUAUCAAUGAGAUAUCCACAGUAUGUGGCGCGGAGAUUUUAAUGGUGAUUUUUUCACCUUCUGGCAAGCCUCAUACUUUCAGCAACUCAAGUAUGGAUGCGAUCUUAACCAAAUAUUUUGGUGCUAAUCCUACAGCACAACCCAACUAUGCCGAACAAAACUUCCGCGUUCACCGUGAAGUCGUGAUGCAAAUCUUGUCUUCCCAAAUUACUUACUUUGAAAUGAAAAUUGAAGAAGAAAUGAAAGUAAAUCAAACUUUGCGUGAGACCGAAAAGCUAAUGCAAGUUCAUGCCCAAGCUAGGAUUGCUCAAAUUGGUAGUUGCAGCUUCUUUGGCUAUUUGCAAUUUGGAGCAAAUGACGAUGUUGUCCCAAGUGGUGGUGCUAGUGCCCUAUAA